GUCUUUACUGACUGUUUCUCUAAACAGUGGCUGGACGUCAAGCAAGAAUUGGAAAAUUAUUAUGAUUUCAUCAGCAUAACCGUUAGGCCAAAGAGGCAAAGCGCCGUGACUGUUAACUUUAUGACUAAGAUCCCAUUUGACUUCAAGGUCGAGGACGCCCUAGCGUGUAAUAUCCAGGAAUUUCUGAGCACUCGUAAAACGUUCAGACACAAGACACCGCGGGUACGUGGACGCAGAAGGAAAUACCUAUCUCUACACGAAUCCAGGAACAUACAACACAAGGCCUUCAAGGCGCAGACGGGGAAGAGGAGAAGCUGAGAUCUCUACUGAAAGACAUUCCUGCUCUUGGGAAGUAUAUCUGGGAAGAUCUAAGACUUCCGGAAUACAUCACUUCAUUUUCUAAACUAGACCGAGGUGGCUCAUAUUUCUUUGGAAUAGCAGAAAGGGAUCGUGCAUACGGAAGAUAUCCUUAUGUUUCCGUACACCUUGUUGACCAUGGUUUACGUUUGUCACGAAUAAACUUAGAAGCACUCACACAAUACCUGUUAAGAAGAGUACAGUCAGAUAUCUUUUGUUGUUCGUACGAUGGGAAGAAAUUGAAUAUUGACGCACGUGACUUCGUCGACAUUUCAAAUCAUCGCAAGUCGAACGACAAGUACGUUGUCGAAGUAGCCGUAGGUGCCGUAGAGGGUUAGUCUUCUAUGACGCACAGGGACCAAAGUCAUUUGCGAUCAAGGAAGAGGAAUUAACCCGCAUUCCAUUUUGUGAAUGGUUUAACACUUUCACACACCACAAGGCUAACUCCAGCAGUUCCGAUAACAAGCAAUGGGACAGCGAAAGGCAAUGAACGUCCAGAACGGAUACAUUUCAAAACCAAGACGCCGCCAUAAAAGAAUAAUUUCUUUGAAAGAAAACCUGAAGAGGCGCGUCGUCAACGAGGUCAAGCUUCCAAGUGGUGACGUAUUCACUAGACCAUUGAAGCAACUGGGCAACGCUCUAAAUGACAUCCAUGGCCUGCUUACAAAAGAUAAGCUUCGGAUGCAUGUUUACCCUCCGUACAUGGCAGAUCUGUCCAAAGUUCAGACUAAUUUAGAGGACAGAAUAGCAGAGACGUUUCCCUCUGGAAAGGCAGGAUUGGUUUACCUGGCUCUUUCACUCGGGGUGUCGCUUGACCUCGACGUUCGAAUGAAACAGCCUCAUGAGGUCAUGUUUGACGCAUGCGUCAUCCCGACCAACGGCGCUCCGAUGGUGUUGACUGUCGUUAAAGGAGAUGCCAAGAAAACAAACGCCAUCUCCAAAUACAACCUUUAUGUCGCCAAAGCUCUAAUCAGAGCUGUGCGUAAAUUCACAAAUGAAAACUUUAAUGCUUUACAUGGCGUUCUCACAGCUGAUGAUAUGUCAUCAUCAGAAAAGUUCAGUAAAGCAUAUGUGAGCAUUGAUAAAGAAUCGUCUUGUUUCUGUAUCCCAGAGUCUCUGUCAAUGUCGGAUGUGAAAUACGCCAGUAUUACCAAGGCGUUUGCUGCCGUGGCAUCCUCCACAAAGGUGGUCCAGAUACUGAGUUCUGAGAACACUGGUGUGACCCAGACGUGGUUCCUGACCCAGGAACAGUUUGUUGCGCUGUCAGAAAAUAUCGAUAAGAAUGUGGUGAUCGUGGGAGCUGAGUCGGGCACAGGUUCCACUACUCUGAUGCUAGAGGUGGCUUCACGCCUGGAGAGGUCGGGCUGCACACUGCUUGUUUCUUCAUCGCCAGACCUAUGCAAGACUGUCAGGAAGCACAAGCUGUGCUCGCGGGUGAUGGUCGCUAAUACCUUCCACAAACACAUGUCACAGCACAAAACACUUCCUGCACGUGUAAAACACGUGGUCUGUGAGGGGAACUGGUCACCCGAGACUGACUGUGGCGGUCGUGUAUGGUGCUUUCUCGUCAAGAGAGGUUUGGAAUUUAUUGAGAAACCGAUCGGUCACCUGUUCAGGAUUUUGCCUGCCCGGAAACGCCUCCAUGUUCCCCCAUCCAGGCCUGUUGAAUGUGAGAUAGCCUAAACGGGACAUGAAUACUUCAGGCUUAUAUAGAAGCUGGACAUCUGGCCACUUGGAAAUAAACAUUGGGUGCAAACCGAAUACCAAUGUACAUAUCAAUAAACAUUCAGUGCUAUAACAUAUUUGAGAACAUUACAUGCAUGUACAUAUAUCAUUCGAUUCAGAAAGCUACAUCACCAGAACGUGCCUUGUGCCACUCUGAAGAAUAAUGUUCAAUGGCCUUAACUCACUGACUACUACAUGUCAUACAAGGAUCUCAAAUGCAAGUCAGCGUCUCGCUCAAUAAUGGAUUGACUCAACCCGUGAUAUCACUGAUCGCCUACAAACUGAACCAGUAAUAAUGGAUGAACCAACAGAAGAUUUGUUUUUGUAAAUGAUUAUUUCUUUAUUCUAUAACAUGCACAGGAACUGAUCACUCUCGGAUACGAAUCGCUGAGUCAAAAGGGUUCAAGCCGAUGUGGACAUGAACAGUGUACAAUAUAAUAAUAAUUGUGGAUUUAUAAUGGGCCUUUUCCAUGUACUAGACGCAUGCUCAAAGCGCUAACACACAAUCUGAUUAUUUUUACCACGGAAAACCCUAACGGCCUGUGAGGCGCUAGAGGGUUAAUAGUCACAUGACUUAUCCUUUCGGGUACUCAUUUUCUGCUGGGUGAACAGGGGGAAUUUUGAACAAUCACACUUGCCUAAGGUCAGACCACAUAUAGCACACGUGCUUCGUUGUUGGGCAGGACUGAAGUCCUAAAAACAUCCAUCUUCAUUCAUGAAACAUUAUGGGUCAUUUUUGCAACAGUGAUGUGUGUAUCAAUAUUUGUUGAUAAAGGACAUAGGUAAACAAACAGAUUAACAGCGCUGAGCGAUUCCCAGAAGUGGCAUUGGCACAUUUGAAUUGAAUCGACCUCGGACCUUCGUCGUGACGCUUUAAUGACUGGGUUAUGGCUAUCAUAAAUAUUUGUGUUAGCACACAUUUAUGUUCGACGACACCUUUGAAAGCUGCUUACAAAGUUACUUUAAAAGUUAAGUCGAUUCAGCGAUUAACUACAUCUAAUAGACUAUAGUGAAUUCAUAGAUUAAGAGCCAUUUGGCUUUUAAAUGUAUAGAUAUGAGUCAUAACGUUGACGUUUGGUCUACUGAAGGUACUAGGAUCGUUCUUGGUCACCCCUUAUUGUUGCCGCGUGACAAUGGGACAGGUAAACAUGCUUUGAUCGUAGGAUCCUUUAACUGUAUUAUAUAUGGUAAAUACAAACCUUCCCUAUGUCUCAUUUGUUCCUGGUGGUUAUAUACAGUUUGCUAUGUAAGUAUUAGACCUUUCGUUAUAUCACGUAUGAUGAAUGUAAACUUUCCACAUGACCCGCGUGUCCAUUGUCGUUAAUCAGCUAUGGAGAGUAAAUGCAUCUGUUGUUAUACAUGUAUCAUAUAUGGCGAUUAUAGAUUCCCCACUUGUCUCGCUUAUCCAUCGCAGUUACAUCGCAAGGGGAAAAGUAUCUUCACUUUUUGUUGUAGAUGGUGAAUAUACAUUCCCAUUUGACUCGCUUAUUAAUGGUAGUUUUAUAGCCAGGGGGAAAGAAUGUUCACUUUUUGUUAUAUCAUAUAUGGUGAACAUACAUUUCCCAUUUGACUCGCUUAUUCGUGGCAGUUUCAUACCUAGGGUAAAAGUAUCUGCACUGUUUGUAAUAUAAUAUUUGGUGAACAUACAUUUCCCAUCUGACUCACCUGUCCAUGUAAGUUACAUAGCUAGGGGGAAAGUAGCUGCACCUUUUGUUACGUAUGGUGAACAUACAUUUUCCAUUUUACUCGUUUAUUCAUGGUAGUUACAUCGCAAGGGGAAAAGUAUAUUCACUUUUUGUUAUAUAUGGUGAAUAUAUAUUUCCCAUUUGACUUGUUUAUUCGUGGUAGUUUUAUAGCUAGGUGGAACAUACAUUAUCUUUUUGUUAUAUCAUUGUUUGCUUAUUGUAGUUGAUCUGGACGUGUUUUUACAGUUUGGUGAGUUUAGGUUUCUGAAGUUAACUUUGCUUUGGAGAACAUGUAGUGUAAGAACGAGAUGUGGGUCCCGGUUUGAUCUUUUACUCACGUGUAUUGUGUGUAAUGGUGAUAACGGAUGGAAAUAACAUUCUACGCAGAUGAAGAGGAGGUAUUGGAAAUAUGUGCAAGCAUGGUUCACACUUUAACGCUUGAUUUGUUCCUCCAGCUAAUCUCUGUUUUGCAAUUUGAUCAAUACAUUUAUCAAGAGUUGAUCUCUGGUUUGUAAGUUGGUCAAUACAUUUAUCAAAAGUUGAUCCCUGGUUUGAAAUUUGAUCAAUACAUUUAUCAAGAAGUGAUCUCUGGUUUGUAGGUUGAUCAAUACAUUUAUCAAGAAUUGAUCUCUGGUUUGUAGGUUGGUCAAUACAUUUAUCAAAAGUUGAUCCCUGGUUUGAAAUUUGAUCAAUACAUUUUUCAAGAAGUGAUCUCUGGUUUGUAAGUUGAUCAAUACAUUUAUCAAGAGUUGAUCUCUGGUUUGAAAUUUGAUCAAUACAUUUAUCAAGAAGUGAUCUCUGGUUUGUAAGUUGAUCAAUACAUUUAUCAAGAGUUGAUCUCUGGUUUGUAAGUUGAUCAAUACAUUUAUCAAGAGUUGAUCCCUGUGUUGUAAGUUGAUCAGUAGAUUUAUCAAGAGUUGAUCCCUGUUUUAUAAGUUGAUCAAUACAUUUAUCAAGAUGCAAACAACACAUCCAUAAUUUUAUCACCACUAAAACAAAACAGGUGUGUACUCAUUCAUACCAAAAAUGAUAUUUCCAAACAUCGGAUCAGUGAAUGCUGUUAUCAUCACGUAUCAUUUGUCAAAUUGAUGCAUACACCUAUUGUAUAUUGUUGUUGUUCUAGUUAUCAAAUAUCUGUCAUUGCACAUGCUACAUAACUCUCACAUGAAGCAGAUACUUGGACAUCUAUAGUAUUAUUUUGUUAUGUUUAAUAUUCCGAAUAGUUUCGGUUAAUGCAAUCAGAAUAUUCUAUAUGUUUACAUCUUAUUUAUAAAUAGACAAUAUGCGUUUUCAUAUACAAUGUUGUUCAUAUAUGGUUAUAGAGGAGCAAUUAUAUUUUAUAAAUGUA